AUGCUCAUCGCUUUCAGUGAGAAGAACGAAAUUGGAUUUAUCAAUGGCUUAUUUUCGCAACCUCUUGAUGGUGAUCCUCAAUAUCUGGUCUGGCAUAUGAACGAUAUCAUUGUUGCAUCAUGGCUCCUAUAUUUUGUUUCCAAGGAACUCACGGCCAACAUCAUAUAUUCUUCCACCGCGGGGACGAUCUGGAAAGAUCUUUGGGGGCAUUUUCUCCAGAAUAACGACCCUCAUUUAUUUCAGCUAUGCAAAGAUUUCAUCAUCUAUACUUAA